AUGACAGAUUAUAGAUCAACUAUUAAGAUAGGCUCACUCAAUUGUCGAAGUGUUAGUAAGCUCUUCAACCCAACCACCAGUUCCGAAUUUGUACGAUUCCUUCGCAAUCCUGAAGUGAAAUAUGACAUUCUAUGCUUUCAAGAAACCCAUGCUACCGAAUCAGUCUGUGAACGACUGAAUAUGCAAUUUCAAACCAACACCAGCAUCUGGACAUCCCACUGUGGUAUUGUCUCCCUCAACCCAAAAAUCGUCAUCCAACCGCUCAACGUUACCCUUGAUGACCGGAUUAUAGUGUGUCAGGUAACACACUGUAAUGCACUCUUUUCACCCAUCACACUCGUUAAUAUUUAUGCUCCUGCCACGGCGUCGUCCAGAGCCCACUUUUAUUCACAACUGCUUACCAUUCCACUCUUUCACCCCGAUACCUGGGCUCUGGACACCUUUCCCAUCACCAUUGACAUCCAACCACCUCCAAUAUCUACCGAGGAACCAUCCACAAUUGCAGUGGAUCGUGAAUCUCUGAUUAUACUAGGGGACUUUAAUUAUCAUGCUACCUCUUAUGCCAUUGACAAUACCAACUAUACUACUGAUUCUUUCUCUCCCCCUAUACAGUCAGAUCAACCCCACCACCACUCUGCCAUGCUGGCUCAACAUCGCUGGCAUGACUUACUCAGCAAUCACCUCAUCGAAUUACCCACUCAAAACAUGAUGGGCCACUUUUACCAACAUUCCGUCGCGGGACCUCACGGUCGACCAUCGAUUAUGUCUACUGCUCACCAACGCUAUUUCAACAACUACACUCGUCCUCCAUUGAUUUUAUGUGCUCCCAAUGGACUGAUCAUGCCAUCCUCAAUACCACCUUUCAAUUCUCCUCCUCUCAACAGGGUACUGGACUUUGGCGAGCUAAUCCCCAGCUAG